UGGCUCCAGUCAAAGAACUCCGCUUCCAGCCACUGUUCGCGCUCCGGGCGAAGGCGGGCGAUCUAGCGGGAUAAUUAAAUAAUCCCGCCUGGGGGUUGUGGCCAGUGCAUAGUGAGAUAAUAUCCGUCCUGUUCCCCCCACCUUAGUUCAGAGCCUCUUGAAAGGGAGGGAAAUGUCACAUGAAAGACCCCUGCAGCAGCUUCCCUGCCUUCAUGGGCAGCUGGACGGCUCCAUGCUGUCCCAGAGCAAGUUGAAGAAAAGUCCGUCCUUCGGGACAGGUCUGGACAACGAGAACACUCCUCAGGAACUCAUACAGCAUUGGUCCCCUCCGCACAAGCAGCCUCGCACCUUGGCUAAGGGCAAGGAGAAUGAGGAGACGCAGUUUGUCCUUGGCAGGAGACCACGGCGCAGGAGGGAGUCUGCAGCAUUGUCCUGGGAUCGGCUCCCUGAUGAGCUUCUUCUUGGGAUCUUCUCCUGCCUGUCUCUGAAGGACCUCCUGGGGGUUUCACGCAUCUGCAGGCGAUGGCGGCGUUUGGUCUUUGACGAAUCACUCUGGACCAGUGUGGAUCUUGUGGGUGUGAAUCAGAUGGAUGCAGCACUGACCCAGCUGUUGCCUACUGGGGUCCUGGCGCUGCGGUGCCCACGAUCCUGCAUUGGAGAGUUCCGCCUUCCUCCGUCUCUCCAACUGCGGAUCCAGCACCUGGACCUGUCCAGCUGUAUUGUUAGCACUGCAGUAUUAGAAGACCUCUUCUCCCAUUGUCGGUGGCUACAGGACCUCAGUCUGGAGGGGCUGGAACUCUCAGACAGCAUCAUGCAGUUUUUAUCUCAGAACGAAGAGCUUGCUCGGCUCAACAUCUGCGGCUGCUCUGGCUUAUCCCCCGAGGCGGUCGGUGGGAUGCUGCAGGCAUGCACCAGGCUACAGGAGUUGAACGUGUCUUGGUGCAACUUCAACAAUGACCACAUAAAGGCUGUUGUUGGCAAUAUCCCCUCCAGUGUGACCCAACUCAACAUCAGUGGCUACAGACAGAACCUGACAAUGGAGGAUUUGAAAGUCUUGGUUGAGCGAAGUCCUCAUCUUACACAGCUCGAUUUAAGCGACAGCGUGCUGCUGACAGCUGACAGCUUUCCACUCCUCCAGCAACUGAUCUCGCUGCGGCACCUGGGACUUAGCCGCUGCUACCAGAUACAUGCAGCAGGCCUGGCGGACCUGGAUAAGUUUCCGGAGCUACGGACACUGGAGGUGUUUGGUCUGGUGCAGGAAAGUAAUCUGCCUAUGCUGAAUAAGGCACUGUCACAGGUGCUCAUCAAUACGUGCUUUUUUUCCAGCGUGGCACGGCCCACUUCGGCUGAUUGCAAAGACAACACAAUGUGGGGCACGCACUGCCGGCUGACCUUCAGACACUAACUCUGCGAGGUUUUCAGGAGCACGAGCAAGCUGUGGGGAUUGUCAGUAGCGUACCAUGGAGUAGCUUUACUUCAUUCCCCUCUAAAUGGGAACAUUGACCAUGACCUGAAAUUCUACCAUGUUGGCCAUUGGCUACUGCUGCAGGGAAACUAGUUGACCAGAAGUUCUGUAAGAUUAUGGUUUUUAUCAUAGAGCAAUCCAAAGAAUCCUUACAAUAAAUUUGGUCCUUAUAAUACAAUGUAUCAUGAAUGUAGUUGGGCUUAGUGGAAAAUUUCAUGAACAGCCUGUGGAUCUGAUCUCUUUAAUGCCAUAACUAAGGUAGUUUUGACAUGUUCAAGCAUGUAAUAGUUGAAAAGUUAGACAUUUGUUUUUAGGUGAUAAGGGUAUUGCUGUUGAAGGAGCUGACGUUUAGCGAACGUGGCUGGAAUUGUGAUAACGUCACCGCAAAGGGGUUUUUCCUUUGCGUGGCAGUACAUCAGCCUAGUCCAAAGCUAAUUGUCCUUAAAAUGGCUCCUGUGCUAUAAUUUCCCACCACGCUCACGCUCUCUCAAAUGCCCAUCCAUCCACUAGGUUUUGGAUGGUCAUCUCAUUUCUCCUCUAACUGGACUAUAUUGAUGCACUGGUAGUAGCUGUUUUUAUAAAAUAUAUCAGUACCACAUGUUCUCUGGAAGACCUUUACAAGAAAGGGUUGUCAGCUUCCACCCCUUUGUUUUUAAUCACUCUGUGUUUAGGCAAGCUUAUCUAAAGUUGCUCGGGGGUUUUAAAUAGCCAGAAACUCAACAGUAAGGGGUUUUAUAAAGGUCAUUGGAAAUAGUCCUAAUUUUGACUUUUUGUAAAUGGUUGUGUUUCAGCAAGUAUGUUAUACUUGCUAAAGUCAUUACUUUUCCCUGAGAUUUCCUUUUAAAACCUGCUUGGCUUGUGAUCAAGCUGUUAAAUACUGAGUUGUGUCCAUGGGUGAGCUAUUUACCUUCUGUCCCUAAAAAUGGAAAUGUAUCAGACUGAUCACAUAAGUCCCCCUUCUUCCACCAAACAUGUAACCAACCUAAUCAUUUAAAUUUUUUUUUUUUUUUUUA